AUGGACGAAGAAGAUGACGGUUUGGAGAAAACAACUGCUUCAAAAGAACCAGGCAUUGUUGACAUAGACUCAGACUUUUCCAAUUCAUGUCAACCGCAACAGUCACUCAACGUCGAUGACAACGACGAUGACGACGACAACAACAACUUUGAACCCCACUCAGGUGGGGGCUUUGAUCUCAUCUCGGGUCAUCAUCAAAACUCCGGUGAUAUGGCCUCACGCUACCCCAGAGGCCGACCACCUAGCUCGAUGAACAAGCCAAAGUCAUCGAUGAUCAUCACACGAGAGAGCGCAAACACUCUCCGGGCCCACAUCUUGGAGGUCGGAAGCUGCUGCAACGUCUUUGACUUUGUCGCCACCUAUGCCCGGAAGCGGCAGCGUGGGAUUUGUGUCCUCAGCGGAAGCGGCACCGUCACCAAUAUCACGUUUCGGCAGCUCGCCGCAGCCGGAGUCGUGGUGACCCUCCACGGAAGGUUCGAGAUAAUUUCCCUUUCAGGAUCGUUGUUGCCCUCGCUUGCGCCACCGGGCGCCACCAGCCUCACUGUAUUUUUGGCCGGUGGACAAGGUCAGGUGGUUGGUGGGAAUGUUGUUGGAGCCUUAAUUGCAGCCGGUCCAGCCAUUGUGAUAGCUUCCUCUUUCACGAACGUGGCAUAUGACUCAUUUUUUGUUACAUUUUAGUCAUUUCAUGUUACGUAAUAUAUCAUUUUAAUUACAUAGCUGCAGAUAAAAAUUUACGUAGCUAAUAUUGUAAAUAAGUUUCAACUUCAUACUAAAAUGACCAUACAACCCCAACUCAUUAUUUUUUGGGACUGACAUUUACAAUUAUAUCCCUUACUUUUCACAGUCAGACCAGCACAAUUUUUCACAUUCGGUUUACAUAACCGAUUCAACAAGUAUAAAGUUUAAAAAAGAAAAACAUCAAAAUUGUUCAUAGCAUGACACUUGACAAAAAGUUUUGGGUCCCACUUAUUGGACUAAAUCCCGUGAGGGACUAAAGAAUUUCUCGAUUAUAUAUAUAUAUAUAUAAUCAAAGAAAUUUAUUUUGAUGAGGAAUAUAGGUAGCUAGCCAAUGUUAGGAACUUGAGUGACGAUGCCAUAGUCAUUAACCCAAACCCAAACUCUGAGGCAGCUGAAGUUCUCAGGCACCCCACUCCCUUCGACUACCAC